GAAUGACUGACAGGAACGAGGCCUUUGGAAGGCGAGCGCGAAGGACCUGGCGCGGAUGGAGGGUGGAGACUGACCGGCGCGGAGUCGAAAAAGGACAUUAAUUAAGAGGGUCGGGGCCAGAGGUUUGAGUGACAAUAACCGACCGCAGAGAAAAUGGGAUAAGCUUCGAAGUCGGGGAGUCUUCGGACUUACAUCCUGGCUCUGCCAGCUACUUUCUUGACACAAUUUUCUUCCUUUUGAGGAGUGAUUCUCCCAUUCAUCCAACAGAAAUGUGUUGAUCGCCUCGUAGCUAUAGAGGAAAUCAAAGAGAAAAUGAAGACCGUAAAACACAAAAUCUUGGUAUUGUCUGGGAAAGGCGGUGUUGGGAAAAGCACAUUCAGCGCCCACCUUGCCCAUGGCCUAGCAGAGGAUGAAAACACACAGAUUGCUCUUCUAGACAUCGAUAUAUGUGGGCCGUCGAUUCCCAAGAUAAUGGGAUUGGAAGGAGAGCAGGUUCACCAGAGUGGCUCAGGCUGGUCUCCAGUGUACCUGGAAGACAACCUGGGGGUGAUGUCAGUGGGCUUCCUGCUCAGCAGUCCUGAUGACGCUGUUAUCUGGAGGGGACCCAAGAAAAACGGCAUGAUCAAGCAGUUCCUCCGAGAUGUGGACUGGGGAGACGUCGACUACCUCAUUGUGGACACCCCACCUGGGACAUCGGAUGAACACCUCUCGGUCGUCCAGUACCUGGCCGCGGCACACAUCGAUGGAGCAGUGAUCAUCACCACUCCCCAGGAGGUGUCACUCCAGGAUGUCCGGAAAGAAAUCAACUUCUGCCACAAGGUGAAGCUGCCCAUCAUCGGGGUGGUGGAGAACAUGAGUGGCUUCAUCUGUCCUAAGUGCAAGAAAGAAUCUCAGAUAUUCCCUCCCACGACUGGGGGCGCGGAGCUCAUGUGCCAGGACCUGGAGGUUCCUCUCCUCGGCAGAGUGCCCCUGGAUCCACUCAUAGGUAAGAAUUGUGACAAAGGCCAGUCUUUUUUCAUUGACGCCCCAGAUUCCCCAGCCACGUUAGCCUACAGAAGUAUAAUUCAGAGAAUCCAAGAGUUUUGUAAUCUCCAUCAGUCAAAAGAAGAGAACCUCAUCAGUUCCUGAAACGAGAGACUGUUCAGGACCAAGCAGUUACGGAGCGAGGCACUCACUGGGCAGCACAUCCAGCCAGACCCGACCAGCUCCAGGAUGGGGCGGGUCAUAGCAAAAAGGGACCAGAUGCUGGUGUGGUCCAAAGCCACUUUCUCAGAGACACUUUAAUCAUUGAGUAUUUGUACACUUUUCUUUAGAACAUAUAUAAAGGGCAUUCUCUACAAAUGUGCCGUUUUAAGAAUAAAACCCCCUCAAACCUC